UACCCAAGCUCCGUGUUUGCGUGUCACAUACGGAUCCCCAAGAGGUCGAACACUAGGGUGUGAUGGGAAAACGCUUCCACUUGCCUGUCCUGCUGCUGCUUACUGCUGCUGCUGCUGCUGUCAGAGGUGCCUGCUGUAGUCAUAGCAGCUCGACAGCAAAAACACUCAUCUCACCGAUCAACCGCACCAGACAUCAUCCUCUGGUAGAGGUAACAACGACAAUACGCGGGGGGGCUCGAGGACGCGCUGAGCUAGGCAAAAGCAGGCGUGCACGCAGCAUGACGAAGGCCCCCUCGACCGGGUUGGGCCGGCUUCGAGACGCCUUGUUUCCGAUCUACGGCGGGGAGGAGACGGGCAAGUUCUUGGCGUUGGGGGGCAUCCAGUUCUUCAUCAUCUUCGUCUUGACGCUCACCAGGGACCUCAAGGACACGCUCAUCAUCACGUCGUGCGGGGCGGAGGCCAUCUCUUUCCUGAAGGUCUACGGUGUCCUCCCCGCAGCGACGGUCUUCAUGCUGGCGUACUCCAAGGUCUCCACCCUGCUCUCGAAGCGAGCCCUCUUCUACGCCACGGCCCUCCCCUUCUUCGUCUUCUACCUCUUCUUCAAGCUCGUCAUGUACCCCAUGCGGGACUCGCUGCACCCUUCCGAGGCCGCCGUGGAGGCGCUGGUGGGUCUGCCGGAGGGUAUCUCGUACGUGGUCAACCUGUACCGGAACUGGACGUUCGCGCUCUUCUACGUGGUAUCGGAGCUGUAUUCUUCCGUUUCGAUCGGGGUACUGUUUUGGCAAUUCGCGAACGACAUCGUCCCAGUGGCCCAGGCGAAACGGUUCUACCCUCUGUUCGGCCAGAUGUCAAGCCUAGCCCCUGUCGUGGCGGGGCUUUGCGUGGUGCGCUUCACGAACGCGAAGUCCUUGGGGGGCAAAAAUGUGGCGGCGACGGAGGGACUGCUGGACUUCGUGUUGAACUUGGUGAUGGUCGCCGGGGGGGCUAUCUUCGCUCUGUACGAGGUUUCCACCGCCCUGUCCGUCCGAGAACAACGGCGGGCGGGGGGAGGAGACCCUGUGACUAAGAUCGCCGCCAAGGGGAAGAAGCCGAAGCUCGGGCUGAGGGACAGCUUCAGGGUGCUGGGCAAGUCCAAGUACCUCGGGUUUUUGGCGACACUGGUGCUUGGGUACGGCCUCUGCAUCGCCCUGACGGAAGUGAUGUGGAAGCGGAUGGUGCAAAACCAGUUCCCCGACCCGGUUGACUACGCCAGGUUCAUGGGCAAGUACUCGAGCACGUUGGGCAUAACGACGUUCGUAGUCAUCUUCUUCGGGAGCAACCUCAUCAAGCACCUGGGCUGGCGGGCCGGAGCACUUGCGACUCCCGUGAGCAUGGCGCUGCUGGCCGCGCCUUUGUUCGGGGUUGUCAUAGCGUCCAAGGGAGACCUGGGAGGGAGGCAGCUAGCGUUCGCGGUGAUGGUGGGAACGGUGCAGAGCGUGCUCAGCAAGGCUACCAAGUACGCUCUGUUUGAUCCCACGACACAGAUGGCUUACAUCCCUCUCGACGAAGAGUCUAAGGUGAAGGGGAAGGCGGCCAUAGACGGCCUGGGUUCUCGGCUGGGCAAGUCGGGGGCCUCGUUCAUGCAGCAAGGCCUGGUGCUUGCCUUCGGAAACAUCCUCAACGCUGCUCCCGUGGUUGCAGUAAUCUUCUACGCGGCCCUUGGGUCGUGGACCUACGGAGCAGUGCGGUUAGCGGACAUGUUCGAGGCCAAGACGCGGCAGCAGGAGGGAGAUCACAAGCCCAGAGCCAUCCGCACCCGGGGCGGGGGUGGGCACGACCGCAGCAGCAGUACCGGGGGUCCCGUGGAUGACGACGGUAGUAGCGGGGAGGAGGGGGCCAAGGGCCAGUGGUCGGCGCGGUAUCAACCGCCCGCCAACCCCGCCGCGACAAGCGGGCUUCUUCACAGGAGGGCGACUAGUAGGGAUUGUCAAGCGUGA